AUGUAUUUUCAUAUUUAGUUUUUGGAUUGAGAAGAAAAUAUAUAGUGAAAAAAGAGAAGGGGAAGAAGGAAAGGGUCGAAGAAGUCUGCUCUGCUCUGCUCUCAAUCUCUCUUAAUAUCUUGUCUCCACAGAUUUCUCCGCUCUGCCCACACUGUCCCCCCUUUCUCCUUCUCCCUCUCCCUCUCCCUCUCCCUCUCCCAUCCAUCCACUCCACGACUAUCUGAUUUUACUUCUGCUCAUACAUACAUAAACACACAUUCUUCCAAGAGUCGACUCAAUCUCUGUUGUUAAUUGGUAUAAGCCAACGCAAUGGAUUUGGACCAGUGGAUAUCAAAGGUGAAAGACGGCCAGCACUUGUCUGAAGACGAGCUUCAGCUUCUCUGCGAAUACGUAAAAGAGAUUUUGAUUGAGGAGUCAAAUGUUCAGCCUGUGAACAGCCCAGUCACGGUUUGUGGGGAUAUCCAUGGACAGUUUCAUGAUCUAAUGAAACUUUUCCAGACUGGAGGUCAUGUACCAGAGACAAAUUACAUUUUUAUGGGAGAUUUUGUUGAUCGUGGUUAUAAUAGUCUAGAAGUUUUUACCAUCCUUCUACUUCUCAAAGCAAGAUACCCUGCUAACAUUACUCUUCUACGUGGAAAUCAUGAAAGCAGGCAACUAACACAGGUUUACGGAUUCUAUGAUGAAUGUCAAAGGAAGUAUGGGAAUGCUAAUGCUUGGCGUUAUUGCACUGAUGUUUUUGACUAUCUAACUCUGUCAGCAAUUAUUGAUNGGCAGGUUCUUUGCGUACAUGGUGGCUUAUCUCCUGAUAUUAGAACUAUUGAUCAGAUUCGGGUCAUUGAGCGGAAUUGUGAGAUUCCCCAUGAAGGGCCCUUCUGUGACUUAAUGUGGAGUGAUCCUGAAGAUAUUGAGACAUGGGCAGUGAGUCCUCGAGGAGCUGGCUGGCUUUUUGGAUCCAGGGUUACAUCUGAGUUCAAUCAUAUCAACAAACUUGAUCUAGUUUGUCGGGCCCACCAACUUGUUCAAGAAGGUCUAAAGUAUAUGUUUCAAGAUAAAGGGCUUGUAACUGUGUGGUCUGCACCAAAUUAUUGUUAUCGCUGUGGAAAUGUGGCAUCAAUAUUGAGCUUCAAUGAGAAUAUGGAAAGAGAAGUGAAGUUUUUCACAGAGACCGAAGAAAACAACCAGAUGCGAGGACCAAGAACUGGAGUACCUUAUUUUCUUUGAGUGAAGUUUGAUUUCAAGAAUUGAGAUAUGAUGCUGGUGCUUACCACUGUGCUGCUUCAAGUGGAGGAGAGUAAAGGAAGAAGAAUGAAAUACUUGGAUGAAGGAACCUCCGGCUGUCCAAACUCGCCAGGAUGUUCUGCUGCUUCUAUAUAUUCUUGAUAUGUAUCCCAAAUAGCUUGAUGUUUAUUGUCUUUUUUGCUGUUACCUUCAUUGUUUAGAAAAAAUGAUAAGUUUCAACUCAACUCAUUCAGGAUUGAUGAUAACUUAGAAUCAUUCUUCUGAUG